AUGUUUGCAGAUGGGAAUCAGUUUAUGCCAGCAUUUGGUCUUCCUCAUUGUUUUAACAUGAGACAACAAUUUCCUCCUGUGGAUCAAAAUUUCAUUGCUGAUGGAAACAUAGAACAGAGCUCAAAUCAUACAUGCUGCAGGAGAAGAGAUUUUCCACAAAAAUCAGCAUUUCACAAGUUUUCUGAGAAGCACGAGUUUGGAAGUUCCAGUACUUCUAUGGAGCCAUCAUUUUUUAAGAAAGCAACAGACUCGAGUCGUAAAGAAGAAAGAAAUCCACCAAAGCCUCCAAAAUUUCUUGCAGAAAAUUGCAACCGUCAAGCGCAUCAUGGCAGUGUUGGCCUACCUGUUCAAUAUCAAGAUUUCUUUAUAACUAGCUUGGGAGAGAUCGAUAAACAGGCAAGCUACCACAAUUGCCAUCAGAUAUGGCCAGUGGGUUUUACAUCUUACUGGCAUGAUAGAGUCACUGGUUCACUGUUUGAGUGUGAGGUGUGUGAAUGUGAUGGCCGGAGUUCUGCGCCUUUGUUUAAGGUCAGAAGGUUACCAUGUUCAGUGUUCCCCCUUCCAGAAGCCUCCACCAUUCUCUUUCAGAAUGGUGCAAGAAAGGCCGCUGAAACAAAGGAAAGUAGCAGUUUUAUUGGAUAUACUGCUAAUGAUAUGGAUGAUGAUAUUUAUAUGAUGGUGGAUACGCCCUCUGAGACCAAACAAGAUUUCUUAUCAAUUUUUACCAGUGAUAUGGAGGAUCAAAGGACUUCUUUGUGUUGCAAUGAUGUACAGAGCUCAAAUAUGAUGUCACAAAUACUACCAUCAAAUUCUGAGAAUGUUCCACCAGGUAAAGAAGCCAGUAUUAAUGACCAAAUUGGUGAGUUUACAUUUAAGGGAACAUCGCCCUCUUCAGUAUGGGGGAUGAUUUCUUCUGCUAUGGUGGAAGCAUGUGAAAAAAUGUACAGGGAACAUGGGCAUCUGGUAUUCUCAUGCACGCACAGCAGUGAAAAUCAUUUAUUAAACAAGGGGAGUGGAUGUCAGAACUUUGAUGGUCCUUACGCUCCCUUAACUAGAUUUUGCUCAUCCAAUGGCCCCAGUAUACCACGAGUUACAGAAAAGAAGAAUGAUGUGGAAUCUACUUAUACAUUACUGAAGAAUUGGCUAUACCAUGAUAGAAUUGGGCUUGACUUGGAAUUUGUUCAAGAAAUUGUGGAGUCCCUUCCUAGAUCCAGGUCUUGCAUAAACUACCAGUUCUUGUGCAAUAGGACAGAAUUUCAUUCUUCUGUGACAGUUGCAAGUGGUUUACUUUUAUCUGUGCAUAAAGAUGGUCAAAGUAAUGGAGAUACGUCAUAUCAUAGACAUGGUGCGGUGACUGGGCUACAUGAUCAUGCUCAGCCCAGCGCUUCUAGCAUCCGCGAGCUACCUCCAGGACGUCCUAUUAGCCAUAAACUUCAACCAGAAUCGGCGGCAGAUGUUUUCCAGAUAUGGGAGUUCUUGGGGCGCUUUGCCGAAAUCAUUGAUCUCAAAGAAGUGCCUUCAUACGAACAAUUAGAAGAUGAACUUGCUGACCCAUGGCCAAUUUGUGCAAGUCCGGAAGAAACACUGUCAAAGGGCAUUCAACAAUGUAGGGAUUACUCUUCACCAAUGAAUAAUUCCCCUGCAAAUGCUUCUAUAUCACAUUCAAAUAGUGAAUCUGGUCUCUCCAAUAAUGAAGAGAUUGUGUCUGUAUUUAUUCCUGUUGAAACUUCCUCUAUGAAGGAAGCUUGUCUAGAUAAAUUGGCAGCCAAGACACUUGGGAGGUGCACUGGUACAGUAUUGCCUGGGGUUCAUCUUGCACUCAUUAAAGUUCUUUUUGGUGAGGUAUUAUCAAAGCUGAACAUUGACCCGAAAGAUUCAAAACCCAGGCGUGGAAGAAAGAAGGACACUGAGAACCUUAUUUCAACAAAGGAUUUUAACUUUGAUAUGCUAACUGCUAACAAGUUGACUUGGCCAGAGUUGGCUAGAAGGUAUAUGUUAGCUAUUUCUUCCAAAAAUGGGUGCAUGGAUGUGUCAAAUAUUUCCAGUCGAGAAAGGGUGAAGUUAUUCCGCUGCCUACACGGUGAUGGUGGCAUACACAUUGAUUCCUUGUCCAGCUGUCUGCUUCUGGAGGCGGAGAAUUUGAUAUGCAGCUCUCUAUCAACAGAAGGAAACAAGGUUUAUAUGAUGGAUUACAAGUAUUCUGCUGAGGUGCCUAUUGCUGAUAAUAGAACAUUUCCGGAUUGGGCAGAAGCACUAGAGCCUGUGAGAAAAUUACCGACAAAUGUGGGAACGAGAAUUAGAAAUUGUGUUUAUCAAGCUUUGGACCGAAAACCACCAGAAUGGGCAAGGAAAAUUUUGGAACAUUCGAUAAGUAAAGAGGUCUACAAGGCUAAUGCAUCUGGACGAACCAAGAAAGCUGUUUUAUCUGUGUUGUCAGAGGCAUGCCGUGUAACAGUGCCACAAAAAACUGAAAACCCAAGAAAUGAAAGGAAAACUAUUUCCAUCUCAGAGGUCAUCUUGAAGAAGUGUCGUAUUGCUCUGCGCCGUGCCAUUUCCUCAGAUCAAUAUAAGCUUUUGGGGAAUCUUCUUGGAAGUAUUAUAGUGAACUCUAAUGAGUAUAUAUAUGAGGAUGAAGGCAUCCUUGGAUUUUCUGGUAUGGUGCCACGCCCUUUGGACUUCCGCACAAUUGACAUAAGGUUGGCUAUGGGAGCUUAUUGUGGAUCUUGGGAGACCUUUUUUGAGGAUGUGCAAGAGGUAAUCCGUAAUCUGCACACUGCAUGUGCAGAUCGAAUAGAUAUAGUGAAAAUGGUUCUGGAAUUCUCUAAGAGUGUUGAAUUGCAUAAGACAGAGGUGCUCGACCUUGUUCAGAAAUUUGAUUGCUUCCUGUCUAGGGAGAAUACUGGUUCAGAAAUCCAUGAGGAGCUACAGGAUAUUCUGACUGCAACAGCCAAAUUACCUAAAGCUCCAUGGGAGUAUGGUAUUUGCAAAGUGUGUGGCAUUGAUAGAGACGAUCACAUUGUUCUCUUGUGUGAUGGCUGCGACGAUGAGUACCAUACUUAUUGCCUGAAUCCACCACUAACUCGAAUACCACGAGGAGACUGGUUCUGCCCAUCGUGCAUGUUAAAGCUAGAGAGAUCACAUCUUGACCAGGGUGCUCAUGAUCUUAAACGACAACGAGAAGGAGAAGAGUCUCAUGCAUUUCACGGCAAGCUUAUUAAGUUAGCUGCAGCAGUGGCAGAAAAAGAGUACUGGGAGCUCAGCACACAAGAGAGAAUAGAUAUGCUGAAAUUUCUUUGUGAUGAAAUGCUCAACACAGUCCUGAUAAGAGAACAUAUAGAAAAAUGUCCAGAUAAGUUCAAUGAUCUCCAGAAGAAGUUUUAUGCUUUGAAUUUUGAAUUGAAGGAUUUGAAAGAUAAGGAGGAAAUGAGGAAUUCAUAUGGUGAAAUGGAUACUUUAUCGGACCAGAUUUCAAAAGUGCAGGAGUCAAUUGGCACCGUAGAGUCAGAGCUUAAUAUGGCAUCCCUGAGAAGAGAUUGUCUUGGAAAGGAUUCCUUGGGUCGACUGUACUGCGUUUUAGGACGAUCUGGUAAACGUCCUUUGUUGGUCGUUGAUGGAAGCAUGCUGAUAAGCAAGGAGAGGGACUCACCAUCUACUUCUGAUUGUAAAGGAUGGAAUUCUGCAUCUGUUGUCAUUUAUGAAUCGGAUGAAGAAAUCCGUAGCCUUGUUGACUGGCUAAGGGAAUACGAUCCAAGGGAGAAGGAGCUGAAACGUUGUAUCCAGCAGUGGCAGUGGCAGCGGCAGAGGCUUCUUCAUCACCAGCUGGGUAAUUUUGUUCUCAGUGAUCCUCCAGUAUCAUCCCAGGGGUCGUCGAACAGCAGCGAGCAGCAGCUUAUGGAACUUCCCAGUACCAAGGCUGCAGCAAUUUUGGGGAAAACAUGCCGCUGCGACUGCUUAGAGCCUAUAUGGCCUGCUCAACACCACUGCACAGGAUGUCAUGAGACUUACUUCACGUCAAUGGAGUAUGAAGAUCAUGCUGGAAAGUGCAAUGGACAUGUCAACAAGGAGAAGGAUUCUGUUCAUCCUAGCUCCACCUCUGGGUCCACAAAACUGAUGAAGUCAUGCCCAUAUGACUUUGAAGAGAUUUGCGGAAAAUUUGCCACCAAUAAUUCAAACAAGGAGAUAGUGAAGGAUAUUGGACUUAUUGGAUCAAACGGAGUUCCGUCUUUUGUCCCUUCACGUGCAGCUUUUAUUGAUCCUCCAGUCAUUCUGAAUAAAAACAAAAAGCAAGAUGACAUCCCAAAUGAUGAUUGGGUUUCCAGCUCCUUAGAGGAAUGCCAGGCAAUGCCUGCACAAAAGUUAGGGCCUGAGGGGUCUAAUUCUGCUCAAAAUUGUCCUGCAGCUAGUACUUCCUGUGAUGAAAAUGUGUCAAAAUCUAAGGAACCAGCCCCUGAUACUGAUACUACUUCCUGUGAGGAAGCAGCAUCUUCUGCAACAGACAAGCCAACAACAAGAUUGCUAGCUGUUAACGGUGGCUUGGUUCCGGAGUCAUCACUGAGGCCUGUUACAGGAAGAAACUCUCAUAUCCUGAAGCAACAAAAGAUAAAUUUGCUUGAUAUAGAUGCAGCGUUGCCAGAGGAAGCUUUGAGAUCCUCAAAGUCUCAACAAAUGCGAAGGCGUUCAUGGCGUGCUUUCGUCAAGCAUGCAGAAUCAAUAUCCGAGAUGGUACUGGCGACCAGCAUGUUGGAGAGAGUGAUAAAAUCCGAGUUCCUGAAGAAUGAUUGGUGGUACUGGUCCUCCUUUACAGUAGCCAUGAAUACCUCAACUGUAUCCUCGCUCGCUCUCAGGAUCUACACUCUCGACAACUGUAUCAUGUACACCAAGCAGACUAACACUGUGCCACCGGCUGACAGUACAAAGGUUGUGAACAAGGGGAGGAAGGGGAAAGAGCCAGAACCAUCAGCGUCGUAA